AAGGCAGAAAAUAAAAUAGAGCAUAUUCUGAGAGGUCAAGUUUAUACACCUCUCUCUUCUUCUUCUUCUUCUUCUUCUCCACGCAAACCUUGAAAGCUUUGCUGUUCCGAACCACUCUCUCUCUCUCUCUCUCUCGCUGUGAGUGUUUCAGUAGGAAUCGAAAAUGCAUUCGAAUCAUCUGCUUCUGGAGGAGCCGAUAAGGAUGGCUUCGAUACUGGAGCCGUCGAAGGCGAGUUUUUUUCCUGCAAUGACGAAGAUUGUGGGGACGCUGGGGCCGAAAUCCCGAUCUGUGGAGGUCAUCUCUUCUUGCCUCAAUGCUGGAAUGUCUGUGGCCCGAUUCGAUUUCUCGUGGGGUAACCCGGAGUAUCACCAGGAGACUUUGGACAAUCUCAAGGCGGCUGUUAAGAGUACCAAGAAGCUUUGCGCGGUUAUGUUGGACACUGUGGGUCCCGAGCUGCAGGUUGUAAACAGAGGCGAGAAGAUCAUUGAACUCAAGGGAGAUGGCUUGGUUAUUCUUACCCCUGAUCAGGGACAAGAACCAUCUUCGGAGCUUUUGCCCAUCAAUUUUGAUGGAUUGUCACAGGCAGUGACGAAGGGAGAUACCGUUUUCAUAGGCCAAUACCUGUUCACUGGAAGUGAAACUACUUCUGCAUGGUUGGAGGUGUCUGAAGUGAAAGGAGAUGAUGUUGUUUGUGUGGUAAAGAAUUCUGCAACAUUGGCCGGUUCUUUGUUCACUUUGCAUAUCUCUCAAGUUCAUAUUGACUUGCCUACUCUCUCUGAUAAAGAUAAGCAGGUUAUCAGUAGUUGGGGACUUAAAAACAAAAUUGAUUUCCUCUCACUGUCAUAUACACGACAUGCAGAAGAUGUUCGCCAAGCCCGCGAGUACCUUUCUAAGUUGGGUGACCUCAGUCAGACACAAAUUUUCGCUAAGAUUGAAAAUAUGGAGGGAUUAACCCAUUUUGACGAGAUUCUACAAGAAGCUGACGGUAUUAUCCUAUCCCGUGGAAAUUUGGGCAUUGACCUGCCACCUGAGAAGGUGUUUUUAUUUCAAAAGGCUGCCCUUUACAAGUGUAACAUGGCUGGAAAGCCUGCUGUGGUUACUCGUGUUGUGGAUAGUAUGACCGACAACUUGAGGCCAACUCGUGCAGAAGCAACUGAUGUUGCAAAUGCUGUAUUAGACGGAAGUGAUGCAAUUCUUCUCGGUGCUGAGACUCUUCGUGGGUUAUACCCUGUUGAUACCAUCUCUACUGUUGGCAAAAUUUGUGCUGAGGCUAAGAAGGUCUUUAACCAGGACUUGUAUUUCAAGAGGACAGUCAAAUAUGUUGGAGAGCCAAUGACACACUUGGAAUCUAUUGCAUCCUCUGCGGUUCGGGCAGCCAUUAAGGUGAAGGCAUCUGUUAUUAUUUGCUUCACUUCCUCAGGACGGGCUGCAAGAUUGAUUGCUAAGUACCGACCCACAAUGCCAGUUCUUUCAGUCGUCAUCCCCCGGCUCAAGACAAAUCAGCUUAAGUGGAGCUUUACUGGAGCCUUUGAGGAAGCUCAUGAAAAUUCUAGGUCUCUUGCAAAUUUUAACGUUGACGUUAAUGCUCAGGCAAGGCAAUCACUCUUAGUCAGGGGUCUUUACCCUAUGCUUGCUGAUCCUCGACACCCUGCCGAGUCCACCAGUUCAACAAACGAGUCAGUUCUAAAGGUUGCUCUUGAUCAUGGAAAGGCAUCAGGAGUUGUAAAGUCGCACGACCGAGUAGUUGUUUGCCAGAAAGUUGGUGAUGCCUCUGUUGUCAAGAUUAUUGAGCUCGAAGAUUAGAAUUCUUCUUACCCUAUAAUUUCCCUUUUUUAACUAUUGGGGAAUGGACCGAUCCCCUGUUACCUGGGAGGUUUAUAUCCCAGGUUUUGGAGACUUGCUCGUUAAUUUGACUUCUAUGAAGGGUUAUAGACUGAGGCAAUUAGUCUUUUAUUAAAAGUCUGUUGCCCAUGACCCCAUUUUGUGUUUACAUAUCAUAGUCAUUCAAGUCUCCAAUAAAGACGAUGCUUUUUGUGA